AUGUCCGCUCGGGUGUCACGCGCCAGAGCCCUCCUGCGCGCCACCGGCCCCGUGUCCCACACCGGUGCCGACCUCCAGCGAGCCGGUGUCAAGUUCAAGCACAUUUUAACUCUGGUAAGCCCCCAGCUUGGGAGGAAGCCAGUAACAAGUCCCGUUCGCGGCCAUAUUAACGCUUCAAUUGGAGCUCCCAGAUUCUCAACAACUGCAGCUGUCUGGAGGUCCGGUCAGGCUACAGGUCCCUCCUCACCCCGGGCGAGGGCACUUUGGCUGGGCAAGUUAGCCCUCGGUACCGCCCUCGGAGCGACCACAGCUGCCCUGGUCCAGGGCCUCCACACCGGAGUCGUGACCGCUAUGGCCCUCAAAAUCAACCUGGACUCUGCUGAUGGUGACUGGAAGGAGACCAAGGAGCUCUUGAUUUCGCUGCCUGUGAAUGAAAGGCGUGCUUACUACAGGACCUCGGGCUCCGUGCCGCUUGAUGACAUCCCGGCGUGGACCUCCACUGCAGGUGGUUCUGAGCCAAGUCGUUACCAAAGGAACGAAAAGUUGGAUCGGAAGAUUUCUCUGUACAGCGGUGACAUCACAAAGCUGGAGAUAGAUGCUAUUGUCAAUGCAGGAGAUGAACUUCUCCUGUUUGUGGAUCUACCAACAGAGUUCCUGAGCUUGAACGCCUCCAAGAUAGCGCCGUGGGUUUUUGACGGGGAUGGGAGUGCAGUGGAUUUUCUCUGGCUGAGGCCUUGA